UCCGAGAGUCGGGCGGACAUAUAGUCGUCAGUCUCCAAUCGCAGUCAGAGCUUCCUGUGCGGCACGUGUCACUUCGUCCUCGAGCAAUCCCAGUCCAAAAGGAAGUGAUUCCCCUUCGAAAAUGGCAGGCAAACUCCUGAGUCUCUUCUCCCUGCUGGCAAUCGCUGGUUCCUGUUGCGCAGGAUUCGCGGCAACGUACUCCGGUUAUCAUCCGGCUUAUGCCACUUAUCAGGCUCCAGCUGCCGUUUACCAUGCCGCUCCAGUUUACCAACAGGCAGCUCCUGUUUUUGCCAAGUCGCUGGUUUCGGCUGCUCCCGUCUACACCAGAUCCUUCGCCCUGCCCGCUCCAGUUGUGAAGACGGUGGCUGCUCCUCUUCCCCUGCCACUUGCCGCUGCUCCGGUGGUAAAAACGGUGGCUGCUGCUCCCGUGGCUGCUGCUCCCGUGGUUGCUGCUCCCGUCUUGAAACAGGUGGAGCUGGAGUCCUCGCCGCGUUAUGACUUCUCCUACGGCGUUCACGACAGCAUCACUGGGGAUAUCAAGAGCCAGGUGGAGACCCGUGAUGGCGGCAACGUGGUGGGAUCCUACUCCGUUCUGGAUGCCGAUGGCUACAAGCGCACGGUGACCUACACCGCCGACGAUGUCAACGGAUUCAAUGCGGUGGUUCAGCGGGAACCUGUGGUGGCUGCUCGUGCCGUGGCUGCUGUUCCAGUUGCUUCUGCAGUUCCAGUGGCUGCUCCAGUUCCAGUGGCUGCUCCUCUGCCCGUUCAUGUGCCCGCUCCCGUGGCUUCGUUGCCCGCUCCAAUCUACUAUCCCCACCAGCAGGUGUUUGCUCCCCAGCAGGUGCAGCAUGUUCAGCAGGUCGCCGAGCAGCAGGGUGAAGUGGUGGAGGCUCCUGUGGCCACCCAGCCCGAGCUGGAACCCACGCCCGUCGACUACAACGAGGUUCAGCAGCAGCAGGAGCAACAGCAGCAGCAGCAGCAAACUUAUCCCCAGGAUCAGCAGUUCCCGCCCUUCUCGCCGGCGGGGGAAUCCUCUCCAGCUCCCGACAGCGAUGACUCCGAUGUGGUGGAGGCCCGAUCUGCGCCGGAGGCCAACAGCAGCACCACCUCCACCACAGUGGCUCCAGCUCCAGUCAGGGAGGAGAACAACGGGGAGACCAAGAAGACCGCCUAGAUUGCAAAACUAUUGUUCAACCAGAAAAAUGCGAAAAUAAAUAUAAAGUUCGGGAAUAUAUAAAAAAAAA